AACCUCCAGAGUAGCAACUCUUGUUUUUUUUUUUUUAACUCAUAAUAAUAGAUGUAGCAGACGUUUCACCUGUGAGCACACAUGGCUGCCUCAUAUCAAGAGCACCUGGUAUCUGACUGAUUAACAAAUCAACCACCUACUUUCCAGCACAACUACUUGUAUUAUUCUUUAUUCAAGUUAAAAAAAAAAGUGAUAAAACUACGCGUCAAAUCUCAUGGAGUGUGGAGGGAGACGAAAACUCUCACACCCAGGUAUUCGUCUUUGACAUAUUUGAAAGUUGACCAUAUUUCUGCUGUUUUAGACAAAUUAAGCGGAUUUUACUGAUUUGAUGUACUUCUUGAGCAUGCUGAGUACUUGUACUCUUGCUGUUUUUCUAAAUUUAAUUGUCAGCUUUACUUUGUUUUGUUUUUCAAACAAAAUACGUGUACCAACUUUUGGUAUUUUAUGCAGGUGUCAAGAUGUAUUACUUCAUCAAUUCAUGCAUGUCUUUCCCCUGAAAUUAGAUCAGAGUGAGAGACAUAUACCCAACAACAUGGACCAACUUGCUUUCAAAUACACGGUGAGAUAAAUGGGUCACAUGUCAUUUAGACAUCUGGAGAUUUCUCAAAUCUCGAUGGCAGUGGUCUACUUGCUUCAUACUUGUCCCUAUACAAAUAAACAUUAAAUAAAUUAAACAAAAUCUCAUUUAAAUUUACAUUUAAAACAAUGUACUUACUUCCAUUACCUGCUUUUGUAAUCAUGAAGACUAGAGUGUUUUCUGUUUCUUCUCAGAAGAUGUGUAAAGUGGAAUCCAGCACUGAUUCUGAAUCUGAGAUAAGUCCAAGAUGGUCAGACACCAGCACUGUGGUAUUACUUUGCUUCUCCUGUUGUGCACAAUUGUAUGACGUGCAGUACUGACUGAAUCACCUUUAUUUUUCGAUGGUGUACUUCUCAUUUAAACCCUCACUUCGCAGGAAUGUGCAAACAGUGCACCAGAGAGGCAGACUUUUCAUAGGACAUUACCAUCAACCCACAAAUCUGCAGUGAAGCACAGCUGCUAUUCUUUAGUAUGUGUUAAAAUGUAAAAAAUCCAUCCCUUACCUCUGCAAAAGUACCCUGUUGUGUGAAUUUAUACACGUGUGCUUGAAAUUGUAGUUUUUGGAUCCAUAUGAUGGGAGCUCUGAGGAUUCUGAUGAGUCAACCACCAAUGGGUGUGUCUCAAGCAGGCGAGCGAGGCAACAAGGAAGAGGAGGAAUUCGAUGUAUGAGCAAGAGCAGGAGAUUAAUCCUUCAUGAUCCUGCCUGGGUGUGUGAGCUUGACAUGGACAUGGAUGAAUGUAGAGAUCUGAGGGAUCAAUCAACCAGUGACUCAAACCUGCACAAUGAGGCUAUGGAUAUAGAGCUAUGUUGUCAAUUUGAUGAUCCAGGCUUACACACUACAAGAUCCUGCACACCCUACGUUCCUGGAACUGUAACGCCAGGGGAAGUGAGUUCACCCCACUACCCAGAGAGCUCUUAUGAAAGACCCCCCAGCUGCAGUAACCUCCGAUCUUUGUACAAGAGAAAGCUGGGAUUUCCUGGAGCAGAGGUGGUGGAGCUGGAGCAAAGAAAGAGGCAACGUGUUUGCAAUAUGGAGGACUCUGCAUCUUAAACACUGUAACACCCAAAUCAUAAAAAGUGCCUUGAUGCAAUAAAAGCA